UGAUAAUAAGGAAUGAAUUUAUUUAUUUUAAUAUUUCUAAUAAUUUUUUUUACUAUGUUCUGCCUUGAUGUUUUACUAUGUUCAGCCUUGAUAUGUACAUUAUGCCAAUUGUUUUUCCGGUGUGGUUUUAUUGUUAGUGCUGGUCUAAUUGCCUUGGUUUGUUGGGUCUGUUUUGCUUGGGAGUUAAUCAAAUUGUUGUUUUAAAUGUCUGGAAGAGGUACUAAUAGAGGUGGAAGGACUUUAUCCUCUCGAGGUCGAUACUCAACUAGUAGAGGGAGAAUUGCUGUUGAAGUUACACCUACUAUACCAUCUCCAUUAAAUCAAUCAUUAUCACCUGCACAACUUACGCUAUCACAAAACAUAAACACUAUACCAUCAGCAUCACCAUCACCAACUCAAACCCCAACACUAACUCCGACCCCAUCAGCUACUAUACCUCAAAAUCCAACUCCAAACACAUCAACUACCAUACCUCAAAAUUCUGAACAAACUUUGCCACACACUCAAUCAUCUGCCAUUGAACCUGAUGAUGAUGAAGGAAUUGAGCAAGAAGGCCUUGAAGAAAUAGAGCCGUAUGGAAAUGAGUUCAAUCCAUCAUCUGCUAUUCGUUUCUUGACGAAAUCCAUUAAGAGCAAAUUGGAUUGGUUUUGUCCUACAUGGGGACAUGCAUCUCUUGACCAGAAGUUGUUAUGGUUUACUGAAUUUAAGAAGUAUUGUAAAUGGCAUCCUAAAUAUGAUGCUAAGAUUCGACAAAUUUUUGAAAUCAAGGGAGAAGCUAGAUUCAGAGGUAUGAUGUUUCAAGAGAGAAAAAAUUAUGCAAAAAAUUCUGAAUACAGGCCAAAGUACAUCCCUGAGCCAGUAUGGAAUCAAUUAAUACAUUAUUGGGCAUCCGAUAAAAAUUUUAAGAAUUUAUCAGUGGCAAACACUGCAAAUCGUGCUUCAACUCAAGGUAGCUCCAUUCAUACUGCUGGUUCUAUAUCUAUGAGUGAGAAGGAACGUAGGAUGGAGAAUGAAACAGGAGUCAAGCCUCCAGUGGAGGAGGUAUUUGCUAUUUGCCAUAUCAGAAAGGAUAAGAAAUGGGUUGAUAGUAGAGCUGAGCAUGCCUAUGGAGCUUUUAAGAAGAGAAAAGCAGAGCUUUUGGAAAUAUCUAUGUCUCAAAAUCAAGAGGAAGAAGGAUUGUCUUUCGAAAGCCAUAAUAAUAUGCCAGAUGACUUGACUAUUUGGAAGGAAGUAGCUCCUAAAGGUAAAAAAGGAAAAUUAUAUGGUUUAGGUUCUAUAGGAACAAAUACUUCGAAGUAUACUAUUGGUUCAUGCUCGAAUGCCUUUAAGGAAAAAAACAUGGAACAAGAGCUCUUAAAAUGGAAAGAAAAGGUAAAAGAGCAAGAACGUAUAAACCAAGAGCAAAAACAAAAAUUAGAGCAGCAACAAAAAAGAAUUGAGUCAAAUGAAAGCAUGCUUGCAACUUUAUUUGAAAAGUUGAAUAUGCCAUUGCCUCCAAACUUUGCUUGUGCGACACCUAUGCAAGAUGAACCAAAUGAUGUUGGUGAAGCCUCUAAUGAAAACAAUGAUGAUAAUUUUGGAUUUGAAUGAUAAGUUUGGCCCAACUGAUUUUCUGUUGUUCAACUGUUUUGUGGUUGUUGCUACCAGUUUCCCUGUUUUUUUUUUUGAUGAAUUAUGUGUUUGACUACUACUGUCUUGUAUUUGGCUUUGUCAUGGGAGUUCCUUUUGGUUGGAGUUAUGUUGUCUCCCCUAUCCCUGCUAGUGUACU